AGACAGCUGUCCGAUCAGGACGCCUCUUUAUUUCCUUCCACACGGAUUAGUCAAACUGACCGAUUGGUGAUUGAUUAGGUGGCGUCCAGAUGAGUUUUUGGGAAUAACUGGUUUUCAGGUCAAACUUCGUGCGGAGGGAAAACGCUGGACUUCCGGAAGCUUUUCCCAAACACAGCAGACUUCCACAUUUCUCCCAUAUGCCGUGAAUAAAGUCUGGGAAGUGAGGUCAGUGCGAGACCCUGACUCGGCUGCAGUAUGUGGAACAGUGAGCAAGGCUCUGAGAGGUGGGAGACGCCCCCCAUGCAGACCAGGCCAUAUCAGGAGCGCUGCGUCGACCCGGUCGAGCCCGAGAGCCACCCCCCCGGAGCGCUCCACAAAAUCCGGCACAAGGACGCAAACGGGAACACCGCCGAGCCAGAGACAGUCGUGUUCCUGCCCGCAAAAGCAGAGCCCACGUCUGGUUCCUGUGUCUGCGCUCCCUGCGUCUCACUGAGCGGCUGCAGGACGCUGGUGUGCAGCGUGCUGACCUGCGGGCUGUACCGGGUCUGCAGGCGUCUGCCCUGCCUGCCGUCCGGCGAGAGCUCAGGAGACGACGUGGAAGCCGCGAGGGGUGUGUCCUCAGUGCCGGACGGGAACGGCUUCUAUCCCGACCUCCGUAUUGGAGGAGUUAAAGUGGACACAUCAGUUAUCAAGGAGGAGCGUGAGCAGGUCUCAUUCAGCCCCUCCAGAACCGAGCCAGACAGUCCCACCUACCCGAGCAGCAGCAUCCGCUUCGACAGCCUGCAGGACGAGCACUUAGUUUACGGAGACCUGGACGAGGACGUGGACUCGCUCAUCACCCGGAAGCUCCUGGAGGUUUUCUCCGAGUUUGAGAUCAACGAGCUGGCGAAGUGCACCUCGGACUCCAUGUUCCUGAAGCGCUCUCAGGAGAUCAGCCAGCUCAUCUCCGACAUCGUUCAGGAGCACAACAUCAAGGAGCAGGAGGCAGAGUGCCGGCUGGUGCGCGAGAUCAUACGCAUCAGCACGCGCAAGAGCAAGAAGAAGCUGCCCUUCAGACCGCAGGAGCCACAGAGGGACAGCGGCAACGACACCUGGAGGAGCAGCAAGAGGAGCAGCAAGAAGAGCAGCUUCAACUCCGUCAGUGACGGCAGUCUGAAGAUCUCGGUGGAGAGGUCAGACGAUGUUGAGGCCCGAAGGCUGCGGAUGAACAGUGACCAGUCAUACUCUCCCAGCUCUCCCGUUCCUCUCUCUCCAAGCUCAGCGGUGACCUCGGACACUCCUCUGCUCCCUCAUAGCGGGCGAGUGUGAUCUGGAACUUUUCAAACAGCCGAGUCUCCGCCCUCCUGAGCGGAUCUGCGGGAUCUGCGGGAUCUGCGGGAUCUGCGGGAGCUGCGGGAUCUGCGGGAGCUGCGGGAGCUGCGGGAGCUGCGGGCUGAGUGCCCGUCAGGCCUAGUCUGUGUGUCUAACCUCUGAACUGUAUUUAUGUUUGUAAACAGAAAAGUUCGUUUAGUUUAUUUACAGUUUAUUUUCUAAGCUCACCUUCAUUUAUUCAACCUCCACUCAAAACCCCCACUCCGUACACAAAAAGCACGGUUCCUCAAGGCUCCUUUGGUAAAGGCAAGGGUUCUGUUUAGAAUCAUGAGGACUGAACAGAACCAUUUCAUGUUCAAAUGGGCCAGUUUGAUGGAGAAUGUGUUCUGUAUAGCACCAAAAAUGGUUCUGCUGUUGUUACAAGCUUGACAUCUUUGCCUAUACCAAAGAACCCCUGAAGCGUCUUUAAGUGUGUGCAGGUUGUUCAUUUUCCCACUCUGUCCUAUCAUUCCAGCUUCCGUUCUUCUCAGGAGCUUCACUUUCAGCUCCUCAGAGAACCUGCAGACACGCCUCCAAAGCUCAGUCUGAGAAGCUGGUUGAUUUCUGAAUUAAUCAAACCC